AUACAUACAAAUCGGUUCCGCGGGCGAGUCUUUGUCUUCUGGGAUUUUUGAGGAACUUGAUAUACACAAGUAAAGGAAAGUUUUCUUGAUUAUUACUCAUGUGUAGGUUUGUUCGAGCAGAAUUGUCGAUAAACGAGUGAAUAUAAAUCAAUGGACGAGUAAAUACAUAAAUUAGUUGGUACAUAACUAGAAGCAUUUUAUAUAUAUACAAGGCAAUCAUGGCACGGAUAUGUAUGACAGUGAUUGUUUUCGUUGCUGCUUUCAUGGGCGUACUUGAAGCGAUAGCCGGAAGACUUGACGAUGAUUGCCCAAAUUGCGUUGACGAACACAACGCAAGCUCGGCAGCAUCCAAAUGGACCAUGCCUCUUCUGAAGCUUGGAGAAAAGAGGUACUACUUGGGUAUUUUCUUCAAGGCAAACUGGUACCGGGCGUCACAAUACUGUCGAUAUCACGGAAUGCACCUCGCGAGCAUUUCGUCGCAGGAAGAAAAUGACCGACUGGAAAAACACAUAAAGGACUAUGGUCUGGGCCACGAACACUUUUGGACUUCCGGUACUGACCAGGCUGAGGAGGGAGUCUUUUUCUGGAUGGCUAAUGGCCGCCCGGUUACUUUCGAAAACUGGAAUAUCGGGGAGCCAAAUAAUUUCCGGUACGAGAACGGAGAGGAAGAGCAUUGCCUGGAACUUUGGAAUAGAGAUGGAAAGGGACUUAAGUGGAACGACAGCCCGUGCAGCUUUGAGACGUUCUUCGUUUGUGAAGUACAGUGAUUUGAAAUAUGUUUACAUAGUGGACUGAGAAAUAUUUCAACCAACUUGCCUCGUUCACCAUAAUUUGAGGGCUUCAAAUCACGAGUACAAAAAACCGGCUGUGGUCAAAGAGUCACCAUCCUGUCAGAGAAGUUUAGUCAUCGGUGAUACUUCAACUAAUUUCUGGUUGAUACCAAAAAUGGAUUUUUAAAAUACACCAAUUGAAAACAACACUCAGUGAAACAACAGAUUGGACUGUGCAUUUACCUUACUUUACCUAGCGGUUCGCAGCAGCGGAAAUAAUAAUAAUAACAACAAUCAUAAUGAUGAUAACAAUUCUUUUAGUUGCAUAAAUUAACUGGGAAUCAGAUUAAAUAUAAUUAUUUGAAACGAUCUAUCAAUCCUACAGAGUUCUAAGUGCAGUUGGACAGGAUAACUUACGGAUAACAUAGUAUUACAAGCCGUGAAAUCCAAUUUCUCUCGAAAUUGAUGAGUUCAUUGUACGUGUAA